CAUCCCCCAUCGCUCUCUAACGUGCCACGUGCGUGGGUCCUCUUCUUUCGAAUCGCCUUCGUGACAAAUCCGCUCUGCCAUGACGGGCCGCUGAUUCUUGUGACACACAUUCUCUCUCUUCCCUUGCAUUCUCCUUCAUUGCCUCGCCUUGUGUCGUGGUUCCCUUCCUUCAUCCCCUUGUCGCAAACCCGGAACCUGUCUGUGUCUGCGACUCCCUAAAUCUAGUCGCCGCCUCGUUUUCGUCUCGUGCGCCCGCCUGCGCUCUGCGCUCCGCCCACCAUGGAAGACGCCUUUGCCCGCUCUGCCGACGAGGUUCUCGCCAACUUCCAGGUCGACAGCGUUGAUGGCUUGAGCGACGCGCAAGUCGCCGACCUGCGCAACAAGCACGGUCGCAACUCUAUCCCGGAAGAGCCCCCGACUCCCCUCUGGGAGCUUAUUCUCGAACAGUUUAAGGAUCAACUUGUCAUUAUCCUUCUUGGCUCCGCCGCCGUUUCUUUUGUCUUGGCUCUUCUCGACGACGAAGAGGGCUGGAGCGCAUUCGUCGACCCUGCGGUUAUUCUCACAAUUCUCAUUCUCAAUGGUGUCGUCGGAGUCUCCCAGGAGAGCAGCGCUGAAAAGGCUAUCGCCGCCUUGCAAGAAUACUCGGCCAACGAGGCCAACGUCGUUCGCAACGGAGGACAUGUUUCGCGAGUCAAGGCUGAGGAGCUGGUCCCCGGCGACAUUGUUACCAUCGCUGUCGGCGAUCGAAUCCCCGCCGACUGUCGAAUCAUUUCCAUUGAGAGCAACAGCUUCUCCGUCGACCAAGCCAUCCUUACUGGAGAGAGCGAAAGCGUCGGCAAGGAUGCUGCCGCUGUGAUCAACGACGAAAAGGCCGUUCUUCAGGACCAGGUCAAUAUGCUGUUUUCCGGAACUACUGUCGUCACUGGUCGCGCCAGGGCCGCUGUUGUUCUGACUGGAUCCAACACUGCCAUCGGUGACAUCCACGAGAGCAUCACUGCCCAGAUCUCCGAGCCCACGCCUCUGAAGCAGAAGCUCAACGACUUCGGUGACAGCUUGGCCAAGGUUAUUACUGUCAUCUGCAUCCUGGUCUGGCUCAUCAACAUCCCCAACUUCAACGACCCCAGCCAUGGUAGCUGGACCAAGGGCGCCAUCUACUAUCUCAAGAUCGCUGUGUCCCUCGGUGUCGCCGCUAUUCCCGAAGGUCUUGCCGUUGUCAUCACCACCUGCCUUGCCCUCGGAACCCGAAAGAUGGCCGCUAAGAACGCUGUGGUCCGAAGCUUGCCCUCUGUCGAGACCCUCGGAAGCUGCAGUGUCAUCUGCUCCGACAAGACCGGUACUCUGACCACCAACCAGAUGAGCGUCAACAAGAUUGUCCACCUCAACGAGGAUGGCAGCGAUCUCACCGAGCUAGAGGUUGAGGGAACCACCUUUGCCCCCCGCGGCGCCAUCAAGUCGAACGGUGAAGUCGUUCAUAACCUUUGCGGCUCUUCUGCUACCAUCCGUCAAAUGGCCGAGGUCGCUGCGCUUUGCAACGACGCUCAGCUUGCCUAUGAUUCCCGCACUGCUACUUUCUCGAGCGUUGGAGAGCCCACCGAGGGCGCCCUCCGAGUCCUCGUCGAGAAGCUUGGUCCUUGUGCCCCCGCCGACACUCGUCCUGAAGACUGCGUCCACUUCGCCAGCGCCCGCUAUGAACACAGCCUCCCUCGCCUUGCUACCUACGAAUUCUCCCGUGACAGGAAGAGCAUGUCUGUUCUGGUCAGCACCGGCAACGAGAAGAAGCUUCUCAUCAAGGGUGCUCCCGAGUCUGUCAUCGAACGCUGCUCGCACACUCUUGUCGGUUCCGACGGCAAGAGGGUUUCUCUAAGUCGCAAGGUCGCCGAAGUCUUGAUGGAGGAGGUUGUCCAGUAUGGUAACCGUGGUCUCCGAGUCAUCGCUCUCGCCAGCAUCGAUAAUGUCGCAAAUAACCCCCUUCUCCACGCCAAGACCACCGAGGAUUACGCCCAGCUCGAACAGAACAUGACCUUCCUUGGCCUCGUCGGCAUGCUUGAUCCCCCCCGUCCCGAGGUGCCCAUCUCCAUUCAGCGCUGCAAGGAUGCCGGCAUUCGCGUCAUCGUCAUCACUGGAGACAACCGCAACACUGCCGAGAGCAUCUGCCGACAGAUUGGUGUCUUUGGCGAGCACGAGGACCUCACUGGAAAGAGCUACACUGGCCGCGAAUUCGAUGAUCUCCCUGAAAGUGAGCAGCUGAAGGCUGCCAUGCGCGCAUCUCUGUUCUCUCGUGUCGAGCCUGGCCACAAGUCCAAGCUUGUUGAUCUGCUCCAGUCCGCCGGCGAGGUCGUUGCCAUGACUGGCGACGGUGUCAACGAUGCCCCCGCUCUCAAGAAGGCCGAUAUUGGUGUUGCCAUGGGUUCCGGAACUGAUGUCUCUAAGCUGGCCGCCGACAUGGUCCUCGCCGACAGCAACUUCGCCACCAUUGAGGUCGCCAUCGAGGAGGGUCGUUCCAUCUACAACAAUACCCAGCAGUUCAUCCGCUACCUGAUCUCCUCCAACAUCGGUGAGGUUGUCUCCAUCUUCUUGACCGCCGCUCUUGGCAUGCCCGAGGCUCUCGUCCCCGUUCAGCUCCUCUGGGUCAACCUCGUCACCGACGGUCUCCCCGCCACCGCCCUGUCUUUCAACCCUCCGGAUAACGACAUCAUGAAGCGUCGCCCGCGUAAGCGUGACGAGGCCCUCAUCGGUGGCUGGUUGUUCUUCCGCUACCUCAUCAUCGGCACCUACGUCGGCCUCGCCACUGUGGCCGGCUACGCCUGGUGGUUCAUGUACAACGCCGAGGGCCCCCAGAUCAGCUUCCGCCAGUUAACCCGCUUCCACCACUGCUCUGCUGAUUUCCCCGAGAUUGGCUGUGAGAUGUUCUCCAAUGACAUGGCCAAGGCCGGCUCGACCGUCUCACUGACCAUCCUGGUCGUCAUCGAGAUGUUCAACGCCAUGAACGCCCUCUCGUCCAGCGAGUCCCUCCUCACCCUCCCCCUAUGGAAGAACAUGAUGCUCGUCUACGCCAUCGCCCUGUCCAUGGCGCUGCACUGUGCUCUCCUCUACGUCCCCUUCCUCCAGGGUCUGUUUUCCAUUGUCCCGUUGAACCAGGCCGAGUGGAAGGCGGUCGUCAUCAUUAGUGCGCCCGUCAUCAUUCUUGACGAGGUCCUCAAGAUCAUUGAGCGUCAGUUUUUCGUCCAGACGACGACCGAUGUCUCCCUUAAGACAAAGAAGGAGCAAUAG